UCGACCAGGCGGGAGCUGCUCUAGCCUCCCGGUCCCAACUCUAUGGCGGAGGGCGUCACCUGUUGCUUUCAACCUGGCUGCGCGGGACCCGGCCCGGAGGCAGCACGAGGCCGCGGCGAGGACGCGCAGGAGGCCAGGAGAAUAACUACAAACGGAAUCUGAUAGGCAGGAGAGCCUUCAGCCUUCACAAUCGUUCCAGAUGAAUGUGCCACGUGAAAGGGAAGGAGAGGUCUGAGAUACAAGGUCCUGUAUCACUGGAAGAAAAAUUCUGGAUGGUCUGUGUCCCUUAUAAGGAGAUCUGUCUCAGAGACAGGUGCCUGGGUCGGCAGAAACCCAUUUAAAGAGACAUGGAUCUUGAAAGAAUCAUUCGAGACUCUCUGACGUGCUUCAUCCAGUCCCACAUCCCUGAUGCCGAUCUCAGCGGGAUGGAUGAAGUCGUCUUCUCCUACAUCGCUAGUGUCCUGGAAGAACUAGGUUCACCAGAGUCAUCCGAAGAGAACUUUGAUAUGGAUGCCUUUGUGGAAAUGAUGGAGGCAUAUAUCCCUGGCUUUGCAGAAAUCAACAGCGGGAACAUUUGUGAAAUGAUGUUUGCCCUCUCGGAAAGGCUCAGCGAAGCUCGCAACAAAGGAAAGGUUUGCCAAAAGGCUGUGGAGAGCAUGAGCAGAGCCCCUGCUGAAGAGCUGAACCAGAGCGAAGAGCAGGGGGAAGGAGCUUCUGAUGAGAGGAGGCUGCAUAUACCAGCAGAGGGAGCCAUAGCUCAGGGAGCAGAAGGUGACCUGAAGGAUGGGGUGGAGGUGCUCCUGGAGAUGUUCCCAGCCUGCACCCUCAGCCAGGCUCAGAAGGCACUGGCCAUGGUGCUGGGAAACCUGGAAGAGGCGGUGCAGUUACUGGUGGAAGAGAAGGUGGAACCUGGCCCAGGGGGCACUAACCUGAAGGAGACAGCAAGGCCCCAUCAAGCACCUAAACAAGAGGACCUCAAACGAUUUAUCUUACAGAAAUACAUGAUGGUGGACAGCGAGGAGGACCAGAAAACACACAGGCCGGUGCCGCCAAAGGAGGCUCCCAAGAAACUGAUCCGCUACAUUGACAACCAGGUGGUGAGUACAAAGGGAGAAAGGUACAAAGACAUUAAGAAGCCAGAGAGUGAGGAGAUGAAGAGAACUUACAUCAGCCUCAAGCCAGCCAAGAAAUACAAAUUCCACUGACAGACGUUCCCUCCAAGGCAUCAUCCUCUACCCUGCUGCCUGAGGCAUGGAGGGACAGCCCUGAGGCCUUCUACACUCCUCUAACUGGAACUAACCUACCACUGGGAGUCAGCAUGCUGCUGUCGGCCUCUAAUUAUAGCAUGAUGCCACAGAGGAGCCUGUUCAGCAACUCUGUUUGUGUAACCCUCCAAAUUGUCCCUCCGCAGCCAGGAGCCAGCUAUUGCUAUGGCAGAUUUGACCAGCCCUGCUGCUGUGUGUCCUGGACCUCUCUGCCAUUCCUUGCAUGGGGAUUUUUUUAUAGCUAAUGUGUGGCUAGUGCAGUUCAGAGCUGUCUUUUUAAAUGUGUGUGCAAUAGUGUUGAUUGUGACAGUUAAUAAAGAUGGUGUGAAUCUGUGGAAUUCA